AUGUCUGAUCUGAGAAUUUGUAGGGCACAAGACACCAUUGCAGCUGAUGAAGCCAUCCAUGACGGGCAUACCCUUGUUUCAGCUGAUGAAAUGGAGAAACCAAUAACCGACUUGUCAGGUGUCUUCAGAGUUGACACCAACGGAUCCUUAUUGGUUAUCGCUGGUAGCAACACCACCACUGUCUGGUCAUCUAACCCUGGCCGGAUAUCUCUAACAACCAAAAAUCCAGUGGCGCAACUUUUGAACCCUGGAAAUCUUGUUGUUAGAGAUCAAAGUGGCCAAGGAAGUUUCAUUUGGCAAAGCUUUGAUCACCCUGGAGAUGCAUUUCUUGCCGGAAUGAAAUUUGGGAAGGAUUUGGUCUCUGGGAGGGAUAGGCGGUGGUCAUCAUGGAAGAGCCUUGACGAUCCUUCACCAGGAGAGUAUCUAGCAUUCAUGGAUACGAAUGGGUUUCCUCAGUUGUUCUUCAAAGAAGUACAAAAUCCUGUUCCUUUCUUGAGGUUUGGACCAUGGAACGGUCUUACGUUCAAUGGCAUGCCUAGUCAUACUUCAAACUCAUUAUUCACACACAAAUUUGUUUUGGAUGAUAAGGAGGUGUACUACGGGUACACACUUGUAAACACUUCAGUGGUGACGCGUGUCUACUUUAGUCCAGAGGGUGACGCGUUUCGACUGAACUGGAUCGAAAGAACACAGAUGUGGUUCCUAUACUGGAACGCGGAUAUUGACAUGUGUAGCCGUUUUGGACAAUGUGGUUCAUAUGGAAGAUGUAACCCGAAGAACUCACCGGCUUGUAGUUGCAUGGAAGGGUUCGAACCACGAAACCCAGACGAAUGGAGUGCCUCCGAGUGGUCAAGUGGGUGUCGCCGUAGAACUGCUUUAAGUUGUCCAAAUGGAGAUGGCUUUCGAGUGUUUAAAAACGUUAAAAUGCCAGACACUCGGCGUUCAUGGUACAAUCAGAGCAUGACACUUGGCGAGUGUGAGACAGCAUGCAAGCAGAAUUGUUCGUGUACAGCGUAUGCAAAUAUCGAUAUCAGAAUCAACGGAAGUGGAUGCUUGCUAUGGUUCGACGAUCUAAUAGAUAUUAGAACAGUGGAUGAAAGCCAGGAUCUAUACGUAAGAAUGGCUAUCUCCGACUUAAAUAUUACAAUUCCAUCAAUCCCACAAUCUACCUCCAAACCAGCUGAUUCCAACAAAAAGAGACAAAAGAUCGUAGUGGUGGUAUCGUUUUUAUCUAUCCUUGUUAUAGUGAUUUUGAUUUUAGCAAUCUUGUAUGGUACUAGGAGCAAGAGGAAGAGAUCCCAAGUGAAAUUUCCAGAUAAAACGGCAGAAACUAUAGACGAAAAGUAUAUCAUGGAAAGCCAAGACGAUGAUACAGAGUUAUCAUCUUUCAGCCUGACUAAGAUAUCCAAGUCUACUAACAAUUUUGCAAAUGACAAAAAGCUAGGAGAAGGUGGUUUUGGUUCGGUUUACAAGGGUGUGCUGGAUGAUGGACAAGAAAUAGCUGUGAAAAGGUUGUCUAAAACAUCAAGACAAGGCCUUGGAGAGUUCAAGAAUGAACUUAAAUUCAUUGCUAAACUUCAACAUCGGAAUCUUGUAAAGCUUUUGGGAUACUGCAUCCAAAGAAAUGAAAGCAUGUUAAUUUACGAAUACAUGCCUAACAAAAGUCUGGACUUAUUCAUAUUUGAUAAAAUCAAAAGUUCGAUACUAGGUUGGUCAGAUCGUUUUCACAUCAUUCAUGGGAUUGCUCGAGGACUCCUUUAUCUUCAUCAAGAUUCACGAUUUAAAAUUGUUCAUCGAGAUCUUAAAGCAAGCAACAUUUUGCUGGACGUUGACAUGAAUCCUAAGAUAUCAGAUUUUGGUCUCGCAAGAAUGUUCACAGAACAUGAAAAUGAAGCAAAUACGAACAACAUAGUUGGAACUUUGGGUUAUUUAUCACCAGAGUAUGCUCUAGAUGGGAUUUUCUCUGAAAAAUCAGAUGUCUUCAGUUUUGGUGUUCUUGUGCUGGAAAUAGUAAGUGGGAAGAAAAAUCAAGGAUUUUCUCAUGAAAAUGACGACAGUGAUAAUCUUCUUGCACAUGCAUGGAGACUCUUUGAAGAAGGUAAGGCUAUGGAGUUGCUUGGUGUGCAUAUGCGUAACUCAUGUGUAGCCUCCGAAGUACUUCGGUCAAUACAUAUCGGUCUUUUAUGUGUCCAACAUCAUGCAAAUGACAGACCAACUAUGUCAUCUGUGGUUUUGAUGUUUGGUGAAGAAGGUGCAUUAUCUCAACCUAAACAACCUGCAUUUUUUGCCAAAGGGAGUGUGCCUCAAUGUUAUCUAGUUUCUGGAAAUGACAUCACAAUGACAACAUUAGAACCUCGAUAAUAUAUGUAUAUCUGUUCAUGUUAAGAUCCAUUUUGUGAUCAUAAGUACUUGAUUUUCUUUUCUGCAUGCAUAUGUUAAAGACGCAUCAACAAAAAUAAUGUAGAAUCUAUGGGCCCUAAAUAUGUUUUGUUGCAUAAUACAAGUGUUUAAAU